AGCAGAGGAGUUUCCGUUAUCCAUUCAUCAAAAUCUUUCUCUCUCUCUAACCAAAAAAAAAAAAAAAACUCUCUCUCUCUCUUUCAUCGGAAAAUUUAGGGUUUUUGAAAAUCUCUCUCUGUGUGUUUUUCGAAUCCGAAUCUGACUGUGUCAGCCAUGGUUUCAAACUCGAUCACCACAGCUUCGAUGUCUUCGGGUCCGAACACGAGGGAUUUGGGCAAGAAGAAGAGGGCAAACAGGUCCGCCAAAUUGAAGCAGUGCAAGCUUGACGCUCGUCGCGAACAAUGGCUAUCUCAAGGUACGGCGAAAAACAAAGGGUGUAAGGAGGAACAAAACGACGGCGUUCAGUCACGUAAAGGGGUGAACAGUUCGUUGAAGAAUUUAGAGAUGAGUUCUAGAGGUGAAGAAAUGGAAGGGUCGAUGUUGAUUCAUCAAUACAGCGAUUUGGACUCGCCGGCGAACAGUCCAACCAGUGUGACUAGUAGUGUCUUGGGGGGUAGUACUGAUUCGGGUACGAAUUUCACUGGGACUAGCAGUGGUAGCAGUAGAAGUAGUAGUAGUAGCAGUGGUGGGUAUUGCUCUGGGAAUAUUACAGAAGAUGAAGAAGGAGGUGAAGAAGGAGGAGGAGAUGAUGGGUGUUUGGAUGAUUGGGAAGCUGUGGCGGAUGCUUUAGUGGCUGAAAACAAAAACCCGUGUUCAGAAUCUUCUCUGGAGCGUGAAUCUGUUGCUGAAUUGGUUUCUUCUAGGGAAGCGAAUGAUGGGGUGGGAUUAGGAGGUGGUGAUUUGAAGCCCGAGUGUCCAAAAAUGGUUCUGAGGGGGGCUUGUGGGAACAGCCAAGCGUGGAGGCCGGAUGAUGCUUUUAGGCCUCGGAGUUUACCCAAUUUGUCUAAGCAGCAAAGCUUGCCUAAUCCAGAUCGGCAUUAUGGCGGAGGAGCAGGAGGGGUCACGUGGGGUUGUAACAAAGUGGUGUCUAUGCCAACUUCGUGUCCUAUAUGCUAUGAGGAUUUGGAUUUCACAGACUCGAGCUUUUUGCCUUGCUUGUGUGGGUUCCGGCUCUGCCUUUUCUGCCACAAGAGGAUUCUUGAGGAGGAUGGCCGCUGUCCUGGAUGCAGGAAGCCAUAUGAGACUGACGCCGUUGAGGCAGAGACAAGUGUUCAUGGGGGCAGCCUGACUUUCAGGUUGGCUCGUUCUUGUAGUAUGAUCGCAAGGUCUUAGGCGUGUCUCUGUUUUGGUCAAUUACUCCAUUUGAGAUGUAUGCUGGGUCUCUUUUUGCAUGUCUUGUGUGUUCUGUUUAGUUGAGACCUUUUUUUUUUUUUAAAAGGUAGAUGUUGUCAUAGGGUUUUGAGCACCCAGGAAUUAAGCUGCUUCACUUAAUGAGUUUGGCUCUUAUAUGUAUGGUGCAUUUGUUGAUGUAGAGGACUAUUAUGGUAUGUGAAUACAUAUGGUGGUAUAGAAAUUCAAUACAUAAAAGAUGAUUACAACAUGAUUGUUCUCUUCUCUGCA